AUGCUACCCAGGAUCAUCGUGAACCCUCUGCGUAACACCAUCACCCGCCGCUACCAUCCAUCCCGUCUAUCCCACAUCAUGGCUCCCGCCAAGGACCGCAAGGAGCCCAAGUUCUCCCACCUGCCUCUGAGUACCAGCGGCCCCAUCAGUUGCGCCGUCACCGGAAGCGCGCUGCUGAACACGCCGUAUCUCAACAAAGGCACCGCGUUCCCCGAGGACGAGCGCCGCGAGUUCAACCUCACCGGCCUACUUCCCCAGAGCAUCCACUCCCUGGACCAGCAGAUGCACCGCGCUUACGAGCAGUACAAGAGCCGACAGGAUGAUCUCGCCAAGAAUACUUUCCUAACGUCGUUGAAGGAGCAGAAUGAGGUGUUGUACUAUCGGUUGCUCCAAGCGCAUCUUCCGGAAAUGUUUAGCAUCGUGUACACGCCGACUGAAGGAGACGCCAUCCAGAACUUCUCCAGGCUGUUUAGAAGGCCCGACGGCUGUUUCCUGAACAUUAAUGACGUAGACCACGGAGAAGAGAUUCUGGGCAUCGGUGACCAAGGUGUCGGUGGUGUUUUAAUCUCCGUGGCGAAGCUCGUCCUCACCACUCUAUGCGCCGGCGUUCACCCCAACCGGACCCUACCUGUGGUGCUCGACUGCGGCACCGACAACGAGGAGCUCUUGAACGAUGAUCUCUACUUGGGACUCCGACAGAAGCGUGUGCGGGGACACAAGUACGACCGUUUCGUUGACGAGUUCGUCAAGGCUGCCAGGAGGCUGUAUCCCCGCGCCUACAUCCAUUUCGAGGACUUUGGGCUCACCAAUGCGAGAAGAAUUCUGGAUCAAUAUCGUCCCCACAUCCCAUGCUUCAACGACGAUGUGCAGGGAACGGGAUGCGUUACUUUGGCAGCCAUCACGGCUGCUCUGCAUGUUAGCAAGCAGAAACUCACUGACCUGCGCCUGGUGGUCUUCGGCGCUGGUUCGGCUGGCGUUGGAAUCGCGGACCAAGUUAGAGACGCCAUUGCCGCAGAAGGAAACAUGAGCAAGGAGGAUGCGUCCAAGCAGAUCUGGUUGAUCGACAAGCCCGGCCUCUUGACCACUGACAGCGAGGUGUCCGCUGCCCAAAAGGGCUUCGCCAAGGACCCUGCGGACUGGAAAGACAAGGACGGGUCCCUCCUGUCGGUCAUCAAGAAUGUCAAACCCAACGUCCUGAUCGGGACCUCGACGAAGCCCAAGGCCUUCACCGAAGAAAUCGUGCGUGCCAUGGCGGCCGGCGUCGAGCGGCCUAUCAUCCUUCCCCUCUCCAACCCGACUCGUCUCCACGAGGCCGUGCCGGAGGAUAUCUACAAGUGGACCGACGGCAAGGCCCUCGUCGCCACGGGAUCCCCCUUCAAACCGGUAAAGGGCCCCUGGGGCGACGGCGGCAAGGAGAUCGAAAUCGAGGUCGCGGAGUGCAACAACUCUGUCGUCUUCCCGGGCAUCGGCCUCGGCUCCGUGCUCUGCCGGGCGAGACUGGUGACGGACAAGAUGCUCGUUGCGGCCGUGGAGGGCGUCGCGUCGCUGAGUCCCGCGCUCAAGGACCAGACGGCGCCGCUGCUGCCUGGAGUGGAUGUCGUGAGGGACGUUAGUGUCAGGGUCGCGAGGGCGGUGAUCAAGGCGGCUAUCGAGGAGGGCGUGGCGACGGAAGAGGGGAUUCCGGAGGGGGACGAGGAGUUGGACGAGUGGGUCCGGGAGCAGAUGUGGUCGCCCGAGUACCGCCCGCUGAAGCUUGUUGAGUUCAGCGAAGCGAGUAGGGAGGCCAAGGGGGAGAUGAAGGUUGCUGGGAGUUUUAGCAGAGUCGGCAGCUGGUAG